CAGCCCGCGCAAGUCGACGUUUCCCGCCGAAACGAAGUUUCGAAUUUAGAAAGACGAACGUGAAUAGAAAAAUAAUUUUAUUUUUUCUGCUUUUGAAACUAACGUGCCAGUGUUCGAAGUGCGUUUUUUUUUUUUUAUUCGUGUGCACAGUGAAUGAUGUGAAAAACAUUUGUGGCUCAUGAUAUAUAUUGACAUUUAGUACGGAAGAUGGGAAUUUUCGAUUAUAAGUUCAUAGGAAAGCUUUUUAAAAUGGAAUCCACAAUAUGGCUGACCCUGCUAUUGGCAGUGAUAGCAACAACGCCAGUAUCAUCAAACGAACCGCGAGUGGUGUGUUACUACACGAACUGGUCGGUGUAUCGGCCCGGUACGGCCAAGUUCAACCCACAGAACAUCAAUCCGUACCUGUGCACGCAUCUUAUAUACGCCUUCGGGGGCUUCACGAAGGAUAACACGUUGAAGCCAUUCGACAAAUACCAGGACAUCGAGAAAGGUGGUUAUGCCAAGUUCACCGGACUAAAGACGUACAACAAGAAUCUGAAAACACUCCUAGCCAUAGGCGGAUGGAACGAGGGUUCUUCCAGAUUCUCCCCUAUGGUAGCGUCCAAGGAGAGAAGGAAAGAGUUCGUCAGAAACGCUAUUAAGUUCCUCAGACAAAACCGGUUCGAUGGUCUCGACUUGGACUGGGAGUACCCUGCCUUCCGCGACGGCAGCAAGCCCAAAGACCGGGAGAACUACUCGAGGCUGGUGCGAGAGCUACGUGAGGAGUUCGAAAGAGAAUCUGAGAAGACCGGAAAACCAAGGUUGCUGCUGACCAUGGCAGUGCCAGCUGGCAUCGAAUACAUCCAGAAGGGUUAUGAUGUUAAAACUUUGAACAGACAUUUGGAUUGGAUGAAUCUACUAUCUUAUGAUUACCACUCCGCUUUCGAGCCGGCGGUCAACCACCACGCACCCCUCUACCCUCUCGAGGAGCCAAACGAAUACAGCGUCGACACAGAACUUAACAUUGACUACACGAUAAAAUUCUACUUGGAAAACGGAGCAGACCGCAAUAAGCUUGUGCUCGGUAUCCCCACUUACGGACGUUCGUACACGCUGUUCAAUACUGAAGCUGUGGAAAUAGGCUCGCCUGCAGACGGUCCCGGGGAACAAGGGGACGCUACAAGAGAAAAGGGCUAUUUGGCUUAUUACGAGAUCUGCGAAGCUCUGAAACCUAAAAGCAAGAAACGCGCCAUCGACUCCGACGAAGAAUAUUCUGAAGAAGAGGAGGAGCAGGAAGACGAAGAAUGGACGGUGAUGCAUCCGAACCCUAACGCUAUGGGACCUAUAGCCUUCAAGGGGAACCAAUGGGUCGGCUAUGAUGACAUAGAUAUUGUUAGGAAGAAGGCGGAAUAUGUGGCUGAAAAUGGUCUUGGAGGUAUAAUGUUCUGGUCCAUCGACAACGACGACUUCAGGGGGACAUGUCACAGUAAACCGUACCCUCUAAUCGAAGCCGCUAAAGAAGCGUACAUACAGAAACUUGAAUCAUCGGACAAUGUCAUCAUAACAGAGAAGCCGAGUUCAGCGAGCCGCACCAGCAACAGGAGGAAGAACCGACCGAAGACCACCAAAACCACCACCACGACUACCACUACCACAGAGAAACCCACCACAACUAAGAGCAACAAACGCAAGAGCUCCAGCACGACGCCCGCGUGGGGUCUCGUCACGCCUUCGCCCCCGACCACCCCCGACCCUGGUUCAGACUUCAAGUGCGUUGAUGAAGGCUUCUUCCCUCAUCCUCGCGACUGCAAGAAGUACUUCUGGUGCCUCGACUCCGGACCCUCGGACCUCGGUAUCGUCGCUCAUCAGUUCACGUGUCCAUCAGGACUGUACUUUAACAAAGCGGCCGAUUCGUGUGACUUCGCCCGGAACGUCCUCUGCAAGACCGCCACCACCACGAAGGCCCCCACCACCAGGGCUCCCACUACCAAGCCUCCCACGACAAAGACCACCGUCACGACGACGACCACCACCACUACCAGGAAACCAAUUAAGAUUAGCACGAGGAACUCCCUGCUGUUUCGAACUACCACCACCACAACCCCGGCGCCUGAACCUGAGAGCGAUGAGGAAUACCAAGAUGAAGUCUCCGAAGACACGUUCGAUGACGCCGAGGAUCCGAAAGUCAUCAAGGAACUUAUUGACCUCAUCAAGAAAGUCGGUGGCAUUGAACAGCUGGAGAAACAAUUGCACCUGUCAGAAGCGUCGGCCAGCACCGACGGCGCCAGCACCACCACUCCCUCAUCUUUCAACAAGAAGCUUUACCAGAAAGUUCUGGAGAGAACCCGUGGGAAGAAUAAGUACAGCCAAAACAGCGUCUUCGAGAACAAUCGCCGAGCGCCGCAGAGUCAGGGUGGGGAGCUCGCCGCCGACGGAGACCAACUGCCGCGGAAGGACCGACCACAGUACGUGACCAUCAAUCGACAACGUCCAUCAACAUCGACCACAGCUGAACCAGAGAGCGAGUAUUCGGAAGAAGAGGAGGAAGAUGAAGAAGAAAUUCCGGAGCCCAUCAGAGCCAGACCGGCUGAAUCAUCGGGCAGAGUGGGAACGACGGCGAAACCAUUGCAGUACGUUAACAUCCGAAGAGGCAGACCCACCGCUACUACGUCAGAGCCCGCCGAUGAUACAGCUUCCAGAAAUGCCCUCUUUGAACGCCAAGAGCCGGCCGUGACGAGCUCGCUAAGUAAACUGGACGUUCUGAACGCACGUAAAGAGAACCUUCCCGAAUAUGUCACUAUAAGACGCCAGCGACCGACCACAGAGGAGACCACGACAGUGCAAUACCAAGCUGAAGAAUCAGAAGAAGAUUCACGUCAAACUGCAUUGGAGAGAGAAAUAUCUUCUCAACCACAAUACAAUUCUAUAAUUCGUACUCGCUCUACAACUUUUGCGCCAGUCGAAGAAUCAACUAGUCCCAUACCCUUUACAUCAAGAGCUCGGUCCACAACCCUCCCUCCAGUUGAAGAACCCAGCAGUCCUGAACCCACUACAGUUCUCACUGUCCAAAUAUCCUCUCUGAUCAAUUCUCUAAACUCCGAAAUCGAUUACCCCGUACCUGAAACCACAUUGGCCCAAGCUACUGAGCCUGCAGAAGCUCCUACGACAACAAGCACAACGGUCACUACCACCACCACAAUGACAACGACAGCGGCGCCUUCGUCCAUCCCACCACGUAGAACAGUUCUUAGGAGACGAGGCUCCACAUCUACCACCACCACCACCACUACUGCAUCAACUCCUGUGUCCUCAACUCAGCUGCCAAAACGAACCUUCCAGAGGCGGACAAGACCUCCAGUCGUACAGCCUGAGGUGGACAUCGAAAAGGUUCAGCGUGGAGAUUCUAAAUACACUAAACGGAACGAGACACGGCCGGCCACCACCGCAGCCCCGCGACGGAAUGAGAGGCCCCCUAAUAGGUUCGUCAGACGGAAGCCUGGUGGGGCGAAUGCUACCACUCUAUCGACGACCAGUGUGACCACGUCAACGACUACCCGCCGUCCGCUGCGCAUAGCCAACCGGCGGAGACCGACAGCGACUACCAGGAUCACCACCACGCCUACCACCACCACCCCUAACCCAAUUACCACUGCCCAACCGACUACCGCCUCGCCUACCACAAGCCAAGCAACAACCAUUGAAGAUAUCUUGGAUGUUGAACCAUUACAGGAUAUAGGGGAUACAGAUGCUAUUGAAGAACCAAAUCAAGAACAACGUGGAACAAGAAAGAAUAACAAAGUACGUCGUCCUUUAGUGACUUUGAAGGAGUCGCCGGGAGACCAGAAUCCGUCAGCGACAAACGAAGAGGAGAACAAGAGACAGAGCAAGAAAUACAGUUCAAGUUUCAAACAGAAUCAAUUGGACGACCUACUCAAGUUGAAGAGCAGGGACCUGGAAACCACCACUGAAUUCAAAACGACUGCUGUUGAAGACUUCAACGCAGAAACGGCAUUAGCAAUAGCCGCUCACCAGCUCUUCAGCGCGCCACUGCCGGUCUCACAGAACUAUGACGACGAAGCUAAGACCACAAGAACAACGCAAUCAUUCAAAUACACCAGCCCUCAGUUCAACCAGUUCACGGACAAGACACCUUACGAGGAGUAUCCUAGCACGCCCACACUUAGAGACACAGUAUCUAAUGUAGAUUUUACACAAACGACAAAUCCAGACACCAGAAUUACACAAUAUGAAACAACAAGAACAACCGACUUCCAAGUCACGAAUCCGUCAAUAAACACGUUCGCUGGUUAUUCGACUCUAUCAACUACUUCGGAUUCCAGUGAACUAACUUCGGUUUACGAGCCCAAGACAACGGGGACUUUAGCCAGAGCCAACGAAGAGACCAGGACACCGUCCACUAACAUCCGUUUUAACGUGCCCGAAGGAUUCACGUCGCGCUACACGACCGGUUAUACCACAACUGAUUUCGAGCCGAGCUUAACCACGAGCUUUGAAACGCAGAGGCCCAAGUAUGUCCCAGCCAGAGCCUCAACGUUCGGAUACUCUACGUUGACGACGGAGAACUCUCGCGAAUCUACGACGGAAUUCGAAACACCCAAAACGGGCCGUGCCAGAUAUCGGCCCACCACCACCACUGAUUCAAGCGAGACUCCUCCCGGUGUUGUCACUGUCGUGGGCAGAGGCUCAGGUAGAUACUCAAGCACGCCAUACCCGGCCAUAACGAAUGAGUACCUCGAAACGACUCGUGGUAUUUUUGAGGACCCAACCGAUUUCACUUCGCCCAAAGUUUCGACUUUCGCUAGUCCGAUCCCAACUGGCUUCACUUCGAGGCAGAGGAUUUCGUCUCCUAGUGUUGUAAAUGCAGGGUACACUGGAGUGUCUCCGAGGUCUUCCAGUAGAAGACCAGGGUCCAGCGAGAAGUACGGCACAGAGAAUUAUGGUUAUUCGACGGUGACUUACUCUCCGGCCAGUCGAGAGCCUUCGUUCUUUACGAGGGAUUAUCUUCUGGAGUCACCUGUUACUAAGACUUAUGAUGAAGAAUACCAGUACCUAACGCCUGUAACGACGCCGAAACCAAGAAAAGUGUUCAGAAAGAAGAUCCAACGUAGAAUAACUACGACAGCCCGGCCCACCACUUCCACCACGGUCAAACCGUCCACUCCGGUCCGACCCAGGACCACCACUGAGCUGUACGAGAAGAUAUCCAGAGCCCCAGUGAGGACUUACAGGCCCAUCGUGAACUAUGAUUAUUAUGAUGACAGCGACGAGAAAGUAGCCAACCGGUACGCCGAGGGUACGAAGGUGAUUCUACACGAGAAAGGUACAAUCGAAUGCUUAGAUGUGGGUAACUUCCCUCACCCGACCUCCUGUAAGAAGUUCAUAUCGUGUGCGCGUAUGGAAGGAGAGACAAUCGUAGCCUGGGAGUACAUAUGUCCUAAAGGCCUCAGCUUCGAUCCCGUCGGCGGUAUAUGUAACUGGUCAGCCGGCCUGGGUUGUGAUGAGAAGGAUGUUUAAACUAGGCUGUACGGGCGAUCGUUCAUAGACCGUGGUACGAUAAAGUAAAAACACAGAAAUGUUGUUUUUGGAAUUACAAAUUAAUUAAAUUUUUUAUCUAUGGAGGAUAGAAGUACCUAAGAAGGACCAUCUUGCAGUAAGUGUCCGCUGAAAGCGAGCCAAUUAAAGUGGCGCCGUAGGAGUAAGUGGAAAGAAUUUUCAAAACUGUUUUUAGAAAGCGCCUUAAGCUAUUAAAGUAGGACACUAAAUUAAGAAGUAAAGAAAACCUUCCUACUUAAAUAGUAAUAAAAAUUGAAUUGAGAUUUAGGUAAAUUCGGCAUAUUUUUAACUAUACAAGUCACAAAAAAUAUUAAAUUUUUCAAUACAACAUAAGUACUUAACUCUGUUUAAAAUUAGUAUAUUUUUAUAAUUUUCACUUCCGUUUAAAAUUGGUAUAUUUAUAUCAUUUCCACUUCCUACCAUACCGGUAUUUCGGCGAGUAUUCCAACAAUAUCUUACCUUUUUUUUACAGGCGGACUCUUUUUCAACUUAUCUCCUUAAACAAGAUGAUGCUUCUUACGUCUACCCUCCAUAAUUGUAUUAUAAAAUUUAGUUUUACUUCUUUUUAGUGUACUUAAUUGCAAUUUAUGUGUCGAAUUCAUAUUUAACGGUAACGCGCUUAAUGAACGAUCUUAUUGUGUUAAAUCAUUAUUUAUUUUUAGUAACAAAAAAAUAUAUUUGUGAUCAAAAUGUGUUUCACAAAAAUUUCCUUUUUUUCUAUAUUUUAUACUCUAUUACUGAUGACUUGUGAUAUCUAUUUCAUAUUUGACUGAUAUAAAGUGUUAAAACUGAAUUAUUUAAAGAAUGUAAACGACUGGAGGGCUUAUUUUGAAUCUUUUCAAAAUUAUAAAUUGAAUACAUUAUAUGAAUUGUCUAAUAGAUAAAAUGCAUAUCUAUAAGUUCUAAUAACACGUUCGCGUGAGCAACCUUAUUUCGUCUUUUCGCAUUAAAAGUGUACAAUUUCCAAAAAUAUUCGUAAUUGAGUUAAUAUGCGGAAUCAUUUGGUAUCACCAGUAUUUUUCUCAUAAAUACUGUCAAAAGAGCUUAUCUUAGUUUUAGUUUUUUUUUUAGUUUACCUAUGUUUUGACUACUAUUAACAAAAUUAAUAAAUAAUUGUAUCUUACUUAAGACAGAUAAUUUAACUGGAAAAAAAUAAAAAAUAAGUGUUGCAAAGAUUAAUAUUAAAAAUAUCACAUGUUAAGCCGAAUGCGAGAAGACGAUUUCUGAUUAUUGCUACUGGGGCGCACCUUUUUUCCAUACAAAGUUUAGCAACGUCUAAAAACGUCCCGCCGUAAUACGCACAUACAUCUUAUGAAUCGAUGAUUAUUUUAAGGAACGCGGCGUGUCAUCUAUGAAAAUUGAAUGUGUUGUGGCGCUAAGUAAAUGCGCCAUAGGAAUUUUCCCAUAAAAUAGACGUCCAAAGAAGUUAAGAUAAAAUAAAUAUGAUAAUCUAGAGGCCGUCAUAUGACGUCGCGCCAUUUCAUAAUUUUAAAAACACGACGUUGCUCAAGCGAACUUGUUUUAAUGACAUUAAAUAAAAGUAAUUAAAUCCAUAAAUAUUUUAUUGAAUAAAAAUAUACAUGCAGAAUAGUGCACGUGAGAGGCUACUACGGUUGGUAUGUUUGUUUGUAUACAUUACGAGCUUCUAAUAAGUUAGAAAUCUGAUUUUUUGUCCUGCUCGCACAAACACAAAUCUUGCAUCGUUAAUGCGAAACAUGUAAACGUUACAAUACGACAUGCUGCUAACUGCUGCUUUCAUAUUAUCAAUCACAUUUUUUUUCGAAAAAUGUUUAUUGAAAAUUGAGUUAACAAGUUCAAUUAUUAAGCUGUGCCAGUCAAUUAUUUUUAAAUUACUCUAAGUCAAAAUAUUACUGUUACUUUUUAUAGUUCUAAUAAGUCCUAAACGACCUCAGAAAAGAAACGCGAAAGUGUUUCGAAAAUGAACUCUAUUACUUAAAACAUCUUUUGGAUGAAAUUAUUUCUUAAAGCUACAGAUACUUCUCAGUAAACUUACACUGCCAUUAUGAUACUCAAUGUUAAAAAAUUUAGCUGUCUUUUAGAUAACAUAAAAAGAACUAGUAUAUUUUUAACUUUUAAUUUUCCAAAAGUUUCAACAGCACACUCAGAAUACAUUUAAGUAGGUACCUAGUUACUUAUUGUUGUAAAAAAUACAUAAAUCAUAGAUUCUUAUCUAAUUAAUGUCGGGUAGUAUAAAGGAACCUGUUAAUUCUCUUUGUUUUUUACUACCUUUAAUAAGUAAGUGUUUAUACUAUGUUAAAUUAUGUAUUACCUAUCUAUAAUAGUUUAAAAAUAAAAUUAAUUUUUUUUUUUUUUUAUAAAUAUUAGAAUGUGCCUUAUUGAGUUUUAAGGAAUGUGAAUGUCACUGAAUGUAUCGUUAAGGAAAUAAAGGAGACUUAAAAUUUG